AUGUUGGACCACCACGUCUUCGUCUUCGGCCUUGUCGCCGCCAGCUCCUCCCUGGUCACUGCCAUCCCCGCGUCCAGCGACGGAGUCGAGGGCUCCAUGACUACCUACGCCCAGACCAUCAUUCCCACCACGCCCGUCACCGGCUCCAUGACCACCAUGCUCACCAGCUCUGCCCCUACCGCUGCUCCCUCUGCCAAGGCGGCGUACAAGGACCGUCUCGGAGACCUUCUCCGCGACUGGCUGGACCAGCUCGAGGAGGCGGUGGGCGUCAACGACCACCUCCAGGCCAAGAAGCGUGCCGUCGUCGAGGUGCGCCAGACUGCGGACCCCAUGCCGACCUUUACUCCCGAUCCUCCCACUCACACGGCGGAUCCGAUGCCUACCUUCACCCCGGAUCCUCCUACUCACACGGCGGAUCCCAUGCCGACUUUCACUCCUGAUCCGCCCACUCACACCGCGGAUCCCAUGCCGACCUUCACUCCCGAUCCUCCGGCCCUUGUCCCGGAUCCCAUGCCUACCAUCCAUCCGGACCCGACCAAGCCGCCUCGCUAUGCGGCCACCCCGUCGCCCGUCCUGUUUGGCCUCCCCGAGUGGUGGCCUCUCUUCGUCUCCAACGCGACGCAGAGCGUGGCCUCUCGCACCAGCGCCAGCCCCUCUGCGGGCUUUCCCACCAACACUCUGCCUCCUUCUACGGGCAUGGGCAAGAAGACUGCUGCUCCUCUGGUGGGCGCCAUCGUCGCUGCUGCUGGGGCUUACUACCUGCUCUAA